AUGCAUAUCAAUACGUUGAACUCGUUAUUUCAAGUGCUCUUUCUGUCUUCUGUUGCCUGGGGUGCAGCGGAGGAGAAGCCGAAGGUGCCAGAGAAGCCAUGCACCAUCCACUCGCCUAAUACGGGACUCUAUUUCGAUCUGAAUGCGAUUUCAGUACAGCUUGAUAAGAAGGAUGGAAAAAAGUCUCAUGCGGACCAUCAGAGGGAUGAAAGUUGGCAUGUGAAGGGACAUGAUUAUGGAGCUAAUUUUACGAUAAAUAUCUGCGCUCCUGUGGUAGAAAAUUUGACGGAUGUCGUUGGAGUCGAUGAGAAGAGAUGGCAGAAUAUCAGCGCAUACUACGAGAUGGAUGGGGAGACUUAUUCCAUCGGACGCAAAAUCGUAGACGGCGACGACGGCGAUGAUGAGGACAAUGACAAGGACGGGGACAAAAAGGGUGAUGAUGAUGAGAAGAAAAAGGGAGAUGACAAAAAGAAAGACCCUGAAGACAAGGUCGAAAGGAGGAAGUCGACUCUCAUGUCCUUCCUCUGCGACCGAGACCUCGUUACGCCGGCCGCUACCUUCUCAUUCGUCGGUAGCCCCGAUUCGUGCUCCUAUUUCUUCGAGGUCAGAACCGCAGCUGCCUGUGGAGGCGUUGCCGCAAGUACAGACGGCGGCGUUGGUCCCGCUGGUAUUUUCGGAAUCAUGUAG